AUGGCAAAAGUUGGCCUCUAUCGCGUAGACCUUACGCGUACAGUAGAAAAAGCUAAAAUUAAAAAACAGCACCCACAAUUCUCCCUUUAUUUCUUUUCCUCCCCUUCCUCAAACGCCGAGACGGGUAAAGAUCUGGAGAGCCCCGUCGGGGUCGAGAACGUAAUUUUCCCAGAAUCCGGGUCCCUAAUCGAAAUAUCGGAAAUAGUGACCCAGAUCAGGAGCUCCUUGCUCUUCACUCCGGUCACUUGCUUCAUCCGGCGGUCCUGGACGAACGCCGUCACCUCCGUGUCGUACCACACGCUCCGGCCGAUGGCGCGGAACACGUGCGUCUUGCUCUUCUUCUGCUUGAGCCAAACGAAUCCGGUGGCCUCGUUGUAG